UGUCCAAGGUCAAGACUUGAUGUAUGCAAUCACAUGCGCCAGAGCCCAGACACUCGUUGUCCGUGCCCUAUACACGCCGCCGAAGCCCUCCACAGACCUCCCAUCCGCCGUGCGAUCGCGGUCGCAGGAAUUUCGGAAAAAAUAAUUACGAGCCAAUCGUAUUGCGAGGUUUGUCGCUGGGUUGAAUUUCCAGCCAUUUCCGACGGAAGCGAAGGAGGCAAAGAUGAUGGCGUGGUUCCGAAGCAAGGAACAGAACAUGUUCAUUGCCGCCAAGAAUGGGGACCUUGCGGGCGUUCAAAUGUACUUGGAUCGAGGUGCAAACAUCGAAUGGAAGAACACAGGAUGGGUUGGAGAGACCGCGCUGUACGCGGCGUCGAAACGAGGUCAUGUCGCUGUUGUGAACGAACUGCUGCGUCGCGGCGCCAACAUCCACGCCACAACCGAUAAGCGCCACUUCAUGCGUUCGGAUGCGUUGGAUUGCGACGCAUGGACUCCCCUUCAUGCAGCGGCGCAUUCGGGUCACGUCGCCGUUAUCGAGUGUUUGCUUGACGCGGGUGCAGAUCCGACACGCGAAACGCUGGACUGUUCCACUGCUCGUUCGUUGGCAGUAGAAGAAAAGCAUACGGCCGUCGUGGAUGCUCUCGACAAACGGCUAGGGAAUCCCAGCGGGGCGGUGGUCGAUGGAGCUCAAGACUGCGUGCCAAGUUCAGUUGAACUGACCUUGGAAGGUUAAUCCAUCGACAUGGAAUUUCAGACCUCGUCGAAUGAAAUGGUGACUUAUGUUCGGUCUCGAAUGAACUUACAAACUCUUCAUCCUUGUCAC